CGAAGUUGCCACCUCGAAUCAUAACUUCGCUGCAGGUCGCAAUAAUUUUCGAACCUAUAGACUGAUCGAUAGAUAGUUUGAUCGACCGAUCGAUCGAUGUUUGUAUGUGCCCGAAGUGAUGAGACCAUCGCACGGGUUUCACGAUUCUGCGUCUUCCGCAAGGAGUAAUGCAAACUUUGGCGUCGAAGUAUAGCUUGUACACCGCAAAUUUCAACCUGCGAGACGAUUGAACCGUUGAUCGAUAGUUCGAUUGCGUGUAUUGAAAGUUGUCGUGUAGAUUGAGCGUAGGGUUGGGAGUUAAGAGCCCUUGUCGUUUGAUAUUGGUGGCGUUGACCCUUCGUAAGAUUUCUUGCAUUAUUACUGCAUAAAAUGAAGUAGGGAAGGAGGAAAUAGGGUUUAUGGUCGGUUGGCUGUUAUGCAAUUAAGGGGAGGGAGUUGUGCUGCUGCGUAGUUUCGCAGUGGUUGAUUUAGUGGAGGGGAUUUUGAGUUGAUUCGGUGACUGGGUUUUGUAUUAGGACUUGAGUUUUAGAUGGCGACCUCAGGGGCCACAGAUGGAGCAUCGGAGGAAGCCGUCCUGGAUCGGAUGCUCACCAGAUUGGCACUUACGGAGGAAACGCAAUUGGAGAAGGUGUUGUCCAAGCUCUUGCCACUUGCUGUGUCGCGGUUGGGCUCUUCGUAUCAUCCAACGAAGAUGAAGGUCAUGGAAAUGCUGUCCCACAUUAACAAGCGUGUGAAAGACCAGGCCUCGAUUCAAUUACCUUUGAGAGAGCUGCUGAAGCUCUAUAUAUCUCCUGAUUCGGCCUCCAUGGUGCGGAACUUUGCCCUUGUGUACAUAGAAAUGGCCUAUGAUCGGGCCCCUGUGGAUGAGCAAACGGAAGUUGUUGGAUCGCUACUUUUGGGUCUGGCCAAGGCACCCGUGCAGCAUCAAGAUAUGAUUUUGCGUAUGGCGGCCAAGGGCUUGGAUCGUUAUGCUGGAUAUUUUUCCAAUAAUCAAUGGACAGGAGAGUUUUUGAAAGAUCCUGCCAGCUGUGAAAUAUUUCUAACAUACUGUUUACACAUCCUAUUGUUUCAACCGAUGAUGACCACACCUGAAGGUGCUCUAGUGCCUCCGCCAGGCUUGUCCGUGGAACAAGCCAAACGUGUAAAUGGAAAAUCAGUUCUCAAGGGGGAUUCUCUGACAUCAAGGAAGUUGGGCGUUCUUAAUUAUUUGGCCGAGAUUGAGUUACCUACAGACAGUGUCUAUCCUCUGUACAUUGUGGCUGCUGCGGAUGGGAAUGAGCGAGUGUCGCGGAGAGGAGAAGAGUUGCUGAAACGGAAGGCAAAUGGGGCUAACCUUGAAGACCCUUCCCUUAUUAAACGACUCUUUGCAAUAUUUCAAGGUUCAUCGAUAUCAGGUGAGACACCCGAGCAGAAAGUGGCGCCAGCUGGACCGAACUUGAAGGCGAGGUUGAUGUCUGUAUUCACUCGCUCCAUAGUAGCGGCGAAUGCGUUCCCUUCUACCCUCCAAUGUGUCUUUGAUUGCAUUUAUGGACCUGGGACAACUAUGAAGCUGAAACACGCGGGGAUGGAAUUCGCCGUUUGGAUUUUCAAGCAUGCGUCAGAUGAUCAACUGAAACCUAUGGCGCAGAUUAUCCUCAGUGGGCUACUAAAGCUUCUUGAUGGCCAGGAUCCAGGCGAUACAGACUCGUCCUCCAAACAGCUUCGAUCAUUCACAUACCAAGCGAUAGGCCAACUUUCCUUGCGGGCUCCUCACCUGUUCAACAAGAAUACAGACAUGGCGGUUCGGAUGUUUGCGGCAUUGCGCAGUGAGCCUGAUUCUGUUAGAGUAACUGUUCAAGAAGCGCUCUCCUCGUUAGCUAAUGCUUACAAAGCAAGGCCAGAUGUUUUCAAAGAGAUUGAAAGUCUCCUAUUGGAAAACAUAAAGCUUUCAGAAAGCGGGGCGAGAUUUUGUAGUGUACUUUGGGCAACACGGUUGUACCCUUUUUCACACGCCCCCAGUCGUUUUAUCUGUAUGCUGGGUGCUGGAGACGUGAAGCUUGACAUUCGGGAAAUGGCAAAUGAAGGUUUAAGGGCCCCAAACGCCGAGAAGGAGGGUGUUGAAGGCUCCGUACUCACUGCUGAGUACCCAGGGUUGAGGCCCAUGAUGGAGUACAUCUGCCAACAGCAACCGCAUGUUUUAUCGAAGCCUCCUCUGGGUGAACGCACUAUGCUCUUCCCACCCAAAGCUUAUGCCGCUAUGAUAACUUUUGUUCAGCAUUGCUAUGAAAAUGAGAUAGGUCUUGAUAAGAGUAAACUGAAAGGUAAAGAAGAUGUAUUUUCUGAUAUCUUGGGGAAAACUCCUCCCGAGGAGGCCUUCCAGUUGUUGAUGGAGCAUGGGAUGGCCAUUGAUGGAACUGCAGACUUACAAGGAAUAGCUAGCACUGGUUUACUCAAGUUGGCUUCUUUUAACCCCAACCAAUUUGCUGAUGCAUAUGCAACCCGAAUAACAUGGCUGAGACAGUUCAUUGGCCACAUUGACUCAACAACGAGGGAGGCCAUAGCCCGCCUGUUAGGUAUCGCAGUUUCCAGUCUCUCAGCGCCACAAGCUGCCGAUCUGCUCCAGCAGCUGUUGUCUACAUUCCAUAAUGUACAGAAGGCGCGGUUUGAGGAUUUGCACGGUAGCAUAUGUGCCGCAGGUUACGUGCUCGCACAAUGUAUGACGAAUACUCCUGCUGUUCCAGAGAGUUUAAUUUGUGAUGCCCUUAAUGCUUUGUUCAAGGAGACGAAGAAUGCAAAUCCUUCUUUAGCAGGAUCAGCAGCUGAGGCCAUUGGGCACGCAGGGUUGAGAAAGCCUUUACCUGUGGUUAUCGGAGAUUUGGCCUCAGCUGCUUCGAGCACAAAAAGUGCGAAAUCUUCUCCGGAAGAAGCUGCAACGACUGGAGUCGGAGCUGAAUCUAGCACGGCUACCACUGCAAUGCCGUCUACUGCUACCACACAGGAGAAAGAGAAAUCGGAUGAUGGGAGAGCUGUGGUGGAGAAAGGAGAACUGUCAUUGGCGUCCAUUGUGACACAAUUGCGGGUUUUACUUGGAAACAAGGAUGUGAAAGUCAUGCAGAAGGCGGCGAUAGCACUGGGACACCUGUGCUUUGGUGACAGGAGUGUCGAGCUUGCCAAUGCUUCCCUUACAGCACUUUUUACUUUAAGCAAGACGAAGGCUGAAGAUGUGUUGUUUUCUGUAGGUGAAGCUUUGGCUUUCAUUUGGGGGGGCGUACCUGUCACAGCAAAUAGCAUCCUCAAGUCAAACUAUGUAUCUAUGGCUGCCACUUCAAAUUACUUGUCUGGGGAGUCAUUGGCUUACGGUAAAGAUGUUGAGAUGAUUGAUGCUGUUGAAAGCACUGAUGACACAACUAGUGACCCGCACGAGAUAAAUGUCAAGAAGCUGUUCGAUGAGCUCCUUUUCAGUGGUUACAAGGACGAGCGUUGCUCAGGUUCAGUGUGGUUGUUAUCAAUUAUCAGCUAUUGUGGGCAUCAUCCGCGCGUUCAAUCUAUGUUGCCUCAAAUUCAAGAAGCCUUCUCUCAUUUGCUUGGAGAGCAAAAUGAGCUUACGCAAGAGAUGGCAUCUCGAGGGAUGAGUAUUGUGUACGAUUUAGGUGAUGCUGCUACCAAAGACGAGCUUGUUAAAGCCCUAGUUUCAAAUCUUACAGGAGCAGCGAAGAAAAAGCGUGUUGUGAAGGUUAUGGAAGACACAGUUGUUUUUGAGGAAAACACUCUCGGUGAGACUCCAGGUGGAGGCAAUAUCUCGACAUACAAGGAGCUGUGCAACAUUGCAAAUGAAAUGGGACAGCCAGAUUUGAUCUACAAGUUUAUGGACUUGGCGAAUCAUCAAGCUUCCUUGAAUUCGAAACGAGGCGCUGCCUUCGGUUUUGCAAGAAUAGCCAAACAAGCAGGUGAUGCUUUGAAACCGCAUCUGAAGACGCUUGUCCCUAAGCUGGUCCGGUAUCAAUAUGACCCAAAUAAAGCCAUUCAAGACGCCAUGGGUCACAUUUGGAGGUCCUUGGUAGCGGAGCCGAAGAAAACCAUUGAUGAGUUUUACGAUGAGAUCAUGGAAGAUUUACUAUCGCAAGCAGGGUCGCGACUUUGGAGAUCACGAGAAAGUUCAUGUUCUGCUCUGGCAGAUCUCAUUCAGGGGCGGAGGUUUAGUGAAGUAGGGAAGUAUCUUGAGAAGGUUUGGAAUGUUGCUUUUCGUGCUGUGGAUGAUAUCAAGGAGACUGUCAGAACGAGUGGCGACGUUCUCUGCAGAUCUGUAAGUUCUUUGAGUCUUCGAUUGAGCGACAAUUCCCUCUCUCCGGAAAAAGAUGCCCGGGAUACUAUGGCUAUAGUUUUGCCUUUCCUUCUGACGAAGGGUAUCAUGAGCACUGUUUCAGAUGUCCGGCGUCUUUCUAUCAACACUGUUAUGAAGCUUGUGAAAGGCGCAGGUGCAGCAAUACGCCCUCAAAUGCCUGAUCUUGUAAGCUGUAUGAUCGAGAGUCUCUCCAGUUUAGAGGAUCAAAGACUGAAUUACGCAGAACUACAUGCAGAAAGGGUGGGGAUUAGCCAAGAGAAACUCGAAAGUGUUCGGAUUGCUGUCGCAAAGGAUUCACCCAUGUGGGAUACUCUUGAUCUCUGCAUUCGCCAUGUUGACAAUUCAACUCUUGAAUCUUUGAUCCCUCGAUUGGUUCAAUUGAUUCAAUCUGGAGUAGGCCUGAACACGCGAGUAGGUGUGGGAAAGUUUAUAAGUAUGUUAGCUCAACACUCGGGACCUGACAUGAAGCCGCACUCCGUCGUUCUGCUCAGAGCGUUGUUCUCGGCAGUUAAGUCAGAGAAAAGUGCAGCAAGUAGAAAGGCUUUUGCAGCUGCCUUGGGGAGUGUUGCAAAGUAUACUUCGGAGACCCAAGUCCGGAAGCUACUCCUUGACGCGGUUGCAUUGUACAAUUCUGAGAAUGAUCGUGAUCAGCGUAUGGUGAGUGCCUUAGUUCUUAAGGAGCUGUCUCGGCAAGCUGACGAUGUAUUCAAGGGGAACUAUACCCUCAUUCUUCCCAUGACUUUUGUCGCACGGUUUGACGAUGAAAAGGACAUAGUGGCGCUGUUUGAAGAGAUUUGGGAAGACAAUACGAGCAGUGCUAGUGUUACUCUUACCAUGUACAUGCCUGAGAUUGUAAAGCUUCUGAUAGAGGGGAUUGGUUCAUCCUCUUGGACGCAGAAACAGAAGUCUGCUAGGGCUUUAUCCAAGCUCGCAGAAAAUGUUCGGGAGGGGGUGACCCCUUUCGCUCAAGAGCUUUUUGGAGUGCUUCUAGCUGAAAUUCCCGGUCGGUUAUGGGAAGGGAAAGAAGUGGUCCUAGAGGCCCUUGGUGCUCUCUGCAAAGCUUGCUAUUCUGCAAAGCACGCAAAGGUUGUCUCGGCGCCCACCCCAACCAUCGGUCCUGAUGCAAUCGUUUCUGCUGUUGUUGCCGCGUGUGGGCGAAAGAAGAAAGCUUUCCGUGAUGCCGCUUUUGCUUGCCUUGAGCAAGUUUUGCUUGCUUUAGACUAUGAUACGUUUGAGCAAGUCCGAGUGAUUCUCCUUGACGCGUGUUUACAAGCACCUCCGCGCAAGGAUAAAGUAGAACUAAAGGAAGGUGAGGAGCCGAAAGAGGAGGGGCCAUCAGUUCCGUAUGAGAAGGUAUUAGGAUGCCUGACGGCAACCAUCACAUCCGCUUCCACUGCAACAGUUUCGUCUCACGAGAAAGAGAUUUCUUCUGCUCUUGCUGCUACACUGGGAAUUGGUCACACAUGGCAGGUGAAGAAUGUGUCCCUGUCAACAAUCAAAGGCUUUGUGGGGAAGGUCAAGGAAGGUAAAAAACAAGCACCCUCGUUAGAAUCUUUAGUCCUCCCUAUAUUUGAGUGUGUUAGCACAGUCAAGAUUGCUCAGGUGCGGAAUACAGCAUUAGAGACUCUAGCAGAACUUGUACAAGUAGCCAACCUGACUGUAGGAUUGCCAGAGCCUCUCGUAGAAUCUUUGGUGGGUAAAUUGACAGAUUUGCAAAGUGUAGAAAGAGUCCCAACCACUUUACACGCCAUAUCGCAAUGUCUUGAUUCAUUGAGAUCAAAUGCCGUCUCUCCCAUGCAGGAAUAAAUUUAUAGAAUCUGCUUGGAUUCUCUUUGCAUAA